AGCGGUCAUACCUGAGUCGUGUGGCUCAGAGGGGGUUGCCAGGUGAGAGCAGGUCCUCCGCUGCGAUGUAACAUCUGAGGAAGACCUUGAUAAAGAUCGUCCACAGUCCUGCGAGGCGUUUGUUUCGUCUGCUCCCAGAGUUGGGAAGAAGGAAAUAAAGCUUCAUGCUGGGCCUGCCUAACGCACCAGGAAGCGAUCCUGUUGAAACUUGCCAGAGCAGGUGUAAACAAGACGCGCAGCUGAGCCCCGUGUUUACGGUACCUCAUUGAGGACAUGCUGCUGGUUUCUCUUGGCUGUGUCGGUGUGUGACGCCAGGAUGAGGACGCACCUCGGUUUGGUUAUGCUCUGUGUGCUGUCAGCAGCCGGAGUUUGCAGCAGUACAUCUGCACCAGAGAGUCCCAGACAAUUUGACUGCAGGUCCCGAGAGAAGGAGACAUUUUCCUGCUGGUGGGAGCCAGGCUCUGACGGAGGGCUGCCGACUGAAUACCGCCUCUUCUACGAGAUAGAAAAUUUGAGAGGAGUCCGUGAGUGUCCGGACUACGUCUCUGCAGGAGAAAACUCAUGUUUCUUUGAUAAGAAGCACACUUCCUUCUGGGCUGAGUACAUCAUGAUGGUGGUGGCAACAAAUGCCCUGGGGAACGCCUCGGCACAGUUCCAGAUACCGGAUGUGAUGAAUUAUGUGAAGCCCGACCCUCCUGUAAAUGUCACAGUGGUGGUGAACAGCAGCGCUCCCAGUCCAUUUCUUGAAAUAAGAUGGAAAAGCCCUCCAAACGUGGACGUCAGAACCGGCUGGGUCACCCCAAAAUAUGAGCUGAGGGUUAAACAAAACGACAGCAAGGAGUGGAAGACAGUAGAUAUAGGUGCACAAACCUUUUUCAAUUUUCACAAUGUCGAGCAUGGGCUCCUCUACAUGGUUCAGGUUCGCUGCAAUCUAGACCAUGGAAAAUGGAGUGAGUGGAGCAACACUAUAUUUGCUAAAAUUCCUAAACAUCGUCAGCUUGAGAAAUACUUUUGGAUUUUUGUUUUUGUUUUCUCCUUGAUUCCUUUGUUGACAGCUAUGUACAUCCUAGUGCUGAAGAGGAAAGUUGUGAAGCAGUGUCUCCUCCCUCCUGUUCCUGGUCCGAAGAUAAAAGGAGUCGAUGUUCAUCUUCUCAAGAGUGGUCAAUCAGAAGACGUGGUAAACGCUCUGACUGGGAACCAGAACUUUCCUCCCAUGGCGGCCUGGACGGAGCAGGUGGAGGACUUCCUGCUGGUGUCAGACAGCGACGAGUGGCUGCUGACUGAUACCUUCGCAUCUGAAAAAAAGAAAGAUAUCUUCAUCAUUGCUGCCGGUUUACACUUAGGAUUAGAAAUCCAACGCGGGGACUCGACUGUUGAUCUGAACACCUGGGAAAAAACCGAUGACAGCAAAGAGGAAACAAAGAGCAACUUUUUAAACACGGAGCCAAUAAAUCUUCCAAUUGAGAAACAGGAAUGUCUGAGUGGGGAGGAAGUGUCCAUCCAGCCAAACACCAGCUAUGUGGACAUCCAGCAGCGACUGACCCUGACUGACUACAGCAGGGUGAAAGAGGCGAACGGCGACACCAUCCUCAUCCUCAAUGAAGAAGAAAUCCCUCACGGUUCGGAUGCUGUGAAGGUGAAAAGGGAGGUGAGCGUGCCAGAUGACUACAGCAGGGUCAAAGAGGUGAACAGCGACGUAGUUUUCCUGGAGAAAGGCGACUCCGCCGACGGAUGCUGUAAGAAAAAAGAAGACCACUACACUGACUGGACCAAUCAGAAACCGAUAAUGCCUCAUGAGAGCGAGCUCAGCAAAGGGUUUUGCUCGAAAAUGAUCGCAAACGGAUACGUAGAUUCUGUUCCCUCCUUUUCUGUUAAGUAAACUUGUGAUUGUAAUGAGGCGCAGGACACUGAUGAUGCCAUGUGCUAUUAUUUCUGCUAUCAGCAACAAACGAGACAUUAUUGAAUUGGAUGGGAUGCAGCGCCUGCUAUCCAGAGAGGAAUUUAUUUAUCUAUUGCAAUCAGAGAGGAAAAAAUAAUUGCUUUGGCCACCGUUCGCCAUUUAAAGUUUCAGCAGCUCAGCGCUGUUGAAAGGAUUUAAAAACUGAGAAGUUUUGUGGAUCUGGUAGAGUGACAUUUAUCAGUGGGAUAUUAUCACUGAGUUCAGACUCUUACUGUAACCCAAAGAGGAGCGUUUGGUCAAAAUGACCCACCUAACAACUAAAAACCCUCCGCUGCUCCUGGAAGUAGCUUUUUGGAACUUGAUGUUUAAUACAGCAGCAACUAAAACGUUCAAAUCAAAGCGGAGAGACUCAAAAGGAGUUUUAAAUGGACUCCUUACCUCUCUUCAAACACUUACAGAAAUGUCAUUCUGCAAGAACUCCUGUCAAUCUGAAUGUUUGAUUUAUAUUUGCAUUAAAUAAGAAGAUAAAUCUUUAGCACCUCAGCAAAAAAGAGUUGCAAUUGGUGAACUUAUUAAAUAUUGUCCGUUGUUUCUGUCUGCGUGCGGUAAGUCCUAGCAGGUCUGGUUUAUCUGAGAAGUGUGCACCUGAUAAACCUGUCUGCCUAGUUCUUGUUUUCGGUCUCGUUACACUCUACAUCAGAGUAUCAACAGCACUAACUUGUUUAUUGUGGUGACAAAAUGUGAGAAGCUAACACGCUCAGCUCUUCUUCCCACUGGACGAGAGUUUAAUUUCAGUCGAAUCACAAAUAAAAACAGGUUAUUCUCACACUUCUGCUGUCUGAUUCAGAAAAGAGUUUAUUUUUGCUAUUAAUUUAAAGUGAAUUUGACCUAAAUAAGUUCUGGUUUGUCACUUAUUGUCUGACUACUGUAAAAUAUUUGAGAUUAAAAAGAAGAAUAGCAAUCAAUCGGUCCUUGAUCAGGUGUGUGGAGGUCAACAGGUCCAUGAAUGCCAGAUAUGUUCUUAUCAGCGAUACUCUGCAGCUUAGGCGUGUACUAAGCCAAGUCAAGUUUAUUUAUACAGCACAAUUCAGCGACAAGGCACUUCAAAGUGCCAUAAAAACACCAUAAACGAGCAAUAAACAUUACAUUGUGUCAAAUACCAUCAUCAAAAAAACCGCACAUCAAAUAUAUUGAUCAAUGUUCCAGUUAUUAUUAAACAAAAGCAACUCCAAAUGGGAUUUUGAUUUAAAGGAACUCAGUGUUUCAGCUGUUUAGCAGUUUUCUGGAACUUUAUUCCAGAUGUGUGGUGGAUAUAAGCUGAAUGCUGCUUCUCCAUGUUCUGUUCUGGUUCUGGUUCUGGUCAGACAAUAUUGCUCCUAUUUUAGGUCAGUUAUAAUGAUCGAUACCAAAUAUCAGACGAGCGUCUCAGUCGUGGACUCUGAGCUGUGAUUCCAUUACAAAUGUGCACAAAACCUUCUCGAUAUUCUGCUAACGUAAAAAAUUCAAAAUUCUCAAUUGCAGUGUUUCCGUUAAAUAACAAAACGCAAUUAAUAUCGCGCCCGAAUAAGUUUGUUCUUGCGAUAAGUUAA